AUGUGGGCUUUAGUCACCGUGUCGGGCAUCACGCUGGGCUGUCGUCUCUUUUCACGUUUUCAAGGGCCUCAUCGUCUCUUCUGGGAUGACGGCCUUGUAAUUUUUCCCUGGGUUUUGAGCCUGGCCGUUGCCGCGUUAUGGCAAUGGGCGGCUACGGACAUGUACUAUAUCAUGAAUGUACAGGCUGCGUUGGACGUCUAUAAUCCGAACACAUACAUGGUUAGCCUCAGAAACUGGCUAAAUGCGUCGCUCAUUGCCGAACUCUUCUUCUAUACAGCCUUGUUUUCCAUUAAGCUAUCGUUUCUCCUCUUCUUUCGCCGCUUGGGUAGCGGGAUAGCCCACUUCAAGUACAUCUGGUGGCCAGUGCUUAUCGUCACCUCCGGAAGCUAUUCCAGCGCUGUCGGAAACGUCGACUAUAAGUGCCUCGUCGGGACCAUCGAGCAAAUCACUGGAGUGUGCCAGCAGGAGCAUGAGAUCGCAUUCACGUCAGCAACCCUCAAGGCUAAUGCUGCCCUAGAUGUUUUUACUGAUUUUAUGAGUUCGUAUAUCUUCCUUUUCGUCUUGAGUAAAGGCUUGCUGACUCUUUAA